GGCUCAUUCCGGCAACGUUUCUUUGCAUGUGACCCUUCUCCGUCGACAUUCCCGUCCCCUUCCGUUCCGUCUGAUUUCUCCCGUCUUCCACAGACGCCCCAGCUUGGUAUUCCGCAAAAUGCUUUCUAGAAUCCUCUUCCUGGUGGCUGUCGCCGGAAUAUUCCAACUCUCGUGGGGAUACGAUCGCCCUCCUCCUCGGAAAAACGUUGCCGUUAAACUGGCCGAUGAUGAUGAUCCCUCUCCUCAACAGGUCCAUAUAUCCUUGGUUGGGAGAGACAGCAUGAGAAUUUCAUGGAUUACAAAUGAUGAUUCUCUAGCUUUAGUAGAGUAUGGCACGUCUCCAUGGGCCUUUGAUAGAUCUGCAACCGGAGAUACUUCUACGUAUCGCUACUUCCUCUACAAAUCCGGUCAAAUACACAACGUAGUUAUUGGCCCCUUGGAUCCAGAUACGAUCUACUAUUAUCGUUGUGGUGGUGCUCCAAACAAAAUGUACAGCUUAAAAACUCCACCUGCUCAGCUGCCCAUCAAGUUUGCAGUAUCAGGUGACUUGGGCCAGACUGAAUGGACCCACUCAACACUCCAACACAUUGCAGAAUCUAAUUAUGAUGUGCUGCUCCUCCCUGGUGACUUGUCUUAUGCCGACACUUACCAGCCGCUGUGGGACUCAUUUGGGCUCCUGGUCGAGCCACUGUCCAGCAGUCGGCCAUGGAUGGUGACUCAAGGCAACCAUGAGAUUGAGAAGAUCCCACUUAUCACCAGACACCCAUUCAAAUCCUACAAUGCUAGGUGGCGAAUGCCGUAUGAAGAGAGCAACUCAACCUCCAAUCUCUAUUACUCAUUCGACAUGCCACGUGUUCACAUCGUCAUGCUCGGCUCGUACGCCGACUUCGAAAUCGGCUCGGACCAGUACAAGUGGCUUCAAGCUGACUUGGCUAACGUCGAUAGGGAGAGAACACCUUGGCUGGUAGCUCUGCUGCAUGCACCAUGGUACAAUUCUAAUAGUGCUCACCAAGGAGAAGGAGAGGACAUGAGGGUGGCAAUGGAGAGUCUGCUCUAUGAUGCACAUGUGGAUGUCGUGUUUGCAGGGCAUGUCCAUGCCUAUGAACGCACUGAUCGAGUGUAUAAUGGAACAUUGGACAGCUGCGGCCCUGUGCACAUCACCAUUGGAGAUGGUGGCAACAGAGAAGGCCUAGCAACAGAGUUUAUGGAUCCGAAACCGGAAUGGUCAGUCUUCAGGGAAGCAAGCUUUGGACACGGACUGCUGCAGGUGGAGAACGACACCCACGCCGGGUGGACAUGGCACCGCAACGACUACGACGAAUCAGUUGUAGCAGAUCGGGUCUGGCUGACUAGAUCUUGGGGUCUGAACCAGUGUACUGCCAACGUACAUUGACCCUAUCCAGGGACGACACUGUUUGAUGCUUUACAGCGCAAAAGUUGCAGACCCCUCGCGGGGAAAGAUUUGAACGAGACUCGAUCUCUUUUUUAUAUUCAUCAGCGCAAAAAGAUGCAAACACGGAGUCAGACAAUCUUUGAACGAUCCACAUUCCGCAGCCACGAGAUCCUUUCGAUCUUCUCCUGUGUCGAAAUGAUUCGGGGACCACGAAAAUUAUUUGUUUUUUCUUUUUUUCGUUUUU